UAUGCGAACACAAUGUACGAAACGUACGUGUCCCAGCCGUCGCUACGCAUCCGUGAACCACUGCAUCAAAUUUCGUUCGACACAAGGUAUCACGAAGGUCUGUUUCGGAUGGCACAAACAAUGCCUCUAAACAGCGCGGAACAGUUCACUGCCUACCGGAGCAAGCUAAGGGGUGCUGGCGUGAAGCAACUCUGCUUUGUCGACAUGACGCAGAAUAACUGCGUGCUGGACGAUCAAAACGAAAUAGUAGCAAAAGUAAAAUCACGGUUCAACAACUGGUCCGCCAAACUGAACAAGCUGACCGAAUAUCUUACGCGAUCGCAGCGUAUUCGCGAGAAAAAGAGGAACCGUGAACGUGAGAUGCUGCGUAAGGCGGUGCUGGAAGACUCGAACCUGCAGAGCAUAAAUAGCGGUAUGUUGCAGAAUGUACAGGCAAAAUUGAUCGACGAGCUGUUACUUCCUAGCGAACACGGAGUGCUACCAAUUUUGCGUCACUUUCAGUUCAACGAAGAUUCAUUGAAUCGACGUUACAAAACUGGAAAAUACCUUUCAAAGAGACCGUUACCAGCUCAUGUCGCUAUUUUCGCCAACAGUGGCAGACCGAGUUCAAGAGAAGUUAGCUUGAAUUCUUCUAUCGUUUCUGAUAUCAGCAUUAAUGCAUCAGCAUCACGCACCAGUUUGGUUAACCAAACUGAAAAUGUUGGCGUGAAUCAACCGUCUGAGAUGGCGCCGAGAGAGAGUGCGCCGACUACAUCGAAAAAUGUGCUAAUGGGAAUUGAACCAUUGCAGCAGAGAUCAGUCCUUUCUGUAAGUUGUGGCACACCAAAAGCAACUACAACCGUCGAUCGUCGCCUCAAUUCCCAAAGCCCAGCUAGAAAAGCACAGGAAAAUAGACCAAACAAUGAGUCCACGUCUCAAACGACCCCAGUAGAAACUAAUGUUGCCGCACCGAACACGGAAGCGGACAGAGUUUGCGGUAAACCUCGCAGUUAUUUCACACUACGGUUCAUGAAACAGAACACUAACGUUUACGAUUUGCUUCAAACAUUUUAUCAGUCACUGCAAGGCGUCAAGUUGAGCGACGCUGAGUUGGAGACAUUCGUAGUGAAGUAUUACAAGAAAUUCCGUAACUUGUUCGCGGCGAACCAAUUACCACAGGGCUUACGUUUGUUGACAGCAGAAGAACGAGCACAGCGAGCGCACCAACGGAAAUCGGAAACUAGUGCGGCUCGAAAGGAAACAGUAGAGCAGAGUCUUGAAACAACCCGGUCUCGGCAAUCGCCUGACAAUUCUACUGUUUGCCCACCACCACCGAAAAGACAUUGCCCGCAAACUAAACCCCUUCCGUCGCGAAAAAGACCCAUCGUUUACGCUGAAGAUUCACUGAACGACAAUGAACUGGUUAUUACUGACCCUACUACUAACCCCGUGGCUACACAAGAAUUAGAAACACCCGAUUCGAUGAACUUUCUACCGACGAUUUGUUCCACACAAAAUACGGAUAACCUCACCCUGCACGUGGAGGCGGGUCAAGGCCCUGUUCCCGGUGACGAACACACAUAUGCUAACAUAUUGCCGGCCAGCAUGGAAACGUUGCCUAUGGAAACCUGCGUCCCGAUCGUAACCGCGAUCAAAACGGAGAGUACGAAUGAGCCAAUAAAGGUCGAACCAAACACCCAAUCAGAAAACAAUACCUCGGGCUACGAAGAAUACGUUCAAGUGAUCAGCCAACCGGAGGAGGAGAUUAUCGAAAUUGAUGAUACAUGUUCAGAGUCAAUCAUUGACUAUGCUCCAACGACAGAUUCAACUAGCUUCCGGUUACUCACGAAUGCACUGUUCCGGCCACCGGAAAACGCUGCCGGCUUGUCGCAGGGUAGCAGACAAAAUUUGAAUGUUCCUGAAUCAUCCCUUUCGCUAGAUCUUCACUACUUGACAUCGAUUCAUAAGCGGAAGCGUCGAAGAUAUGAACAACUUCCUUUCCGAUUAACGUCGCACACACCUCUUGGCCAUGAUCCUCACCAACGCUUCGAAUUUCUAACACAAUUGAGCAUUGCCUCGUUCCGGUACACCAGUCGCCCCAUCCGUUGGACACACUGUAACGAUCUGCAGCAAAAUAGGCUCACGGUGAAUAUACACCACCGCGUAUCCGGUCAUUACUCCGUCAGCGUGUGCGAUCAAGACGUUCGGGUACUGCUGGGUCUUCCGGAGGGCGGUCGAAGCUGGAAUGCUUUGGUGGCCGCCCUGCGACACACCGAACGGUUUCGUUAUGGGGCUAAAGAACCGACGGAUGAGUACUAUCGGCAGCCGUUCGUAGAGAAAGUACUGAGGCUUUACCUUGAUAGCGUUCCAGUGUGUACGGGAGAUGGUGGCACGAUGCUCGUUCUAGACGAAAGAUCUCUUUCAAACAGUGAUCUGGGUGCCUGUGCUUUGCGUCUAGAAGAGUUCGACUACUAUCAGCACUCAGGAAGAAAUCGUGCCAAAGCCGCCGCGAAUGUUGACAACUUGGCUAGGUACUUAUUACCGGAUGUUGCAGAAAAAAUGAAGGAUUGGAAGAGCAAACAUCUUUCGCCGUGAAAAUGGAAGUCGAUGGUUGUAUGGUUUUUUGUUU